AUGGAAACCAGCAAUGGAAUUUCCAGAACAGACUUCAUCCUUCUGGGCUUUUCCGAUCAGCCCCAAUUAGAACACAUCAUCUCUGUGGUUGUCUUCAUCUUCUAUAUUGUAACUCUGGUAGGAAACACAACUAUCAUUUUUGUAUCUUACCUAGACACCCAGCUCCAUACUCCCAUGUAUUUCUUCUUAUCCAAUUUGUCUUUUUUGGACCUCUGUUAUACAACUAGCAUUAUCCCCCAGAUGCUGGUAAACCUAUGGGGUCCAAAAAUGUCCAUUACAUAUGGAGUGUGUGUGCUCCAAUUCUUUGCCCUUAACUUGGGAGCCACAGAAUGUCUUCUCUUGGUUGUGAUGGCUUGUGACCGCUAUGCUGCUGUCUGUCAACCUCUUCACUACACAGUAAUAAUGCACCCUCAGCUUUGCCAGAAGAUGGUAUUGACUGCCUGGUUAGGUGGUCUUGGCAGUGCCUUAACUGUUUGCUCUUUGACUUUGAAGUUGCCAAGAUGUGGGCACAGGGAGGUGGAUAAUUUUUUCUGUGAGAUGCCAGAGUUGAUCAAGAUGGCUUGUGUCUACUCAGAAGUAAUUGAGAUUGUUGUCUUUGCUCUAUUUCUUCUAGUACCUCUAUCACUAAUUCUGAUCUCAUAUGGAGCUAUCACUCAAGCUGUCACAAGGAUCAAGUCAGCAGCAAGGUGGUGAAAGAUCCUUAAUACAUGUGGUUCCCAUCUCACAGUAGUAACUCUGUUUUAUGGAACAAUCAUUUAUAUGUACAUGGAGCCGCAGACUAGCUCCUCGCAAGAUGAGGGGAAGUUCCUUACUCUCUUUUCAGUUGUCACACCCAGCCUUAACCCUCUGAUCUACACUUUAAGAAACAAAGACAAAAAACAAAUACUUGCUAAAGUUCUGAGUUGA